UACAGAAAAGUUGUAAAUAAGAUCAACAGGUUGACAGUCGCAUAAUGAACUCCUGCUCAAGUAGGCUUGUUAUAUUUGUGUGUUUUAUUUUACUAAGGUUGCGACAGGAAAUACCAGUCGCAGAAGCAGAUGAUACGAAUAUUAAUAGUGUACAUAUAAAUACGGAUAUUAAUAAAGAACCCGGAAAAGAAACGAUCCACAAGGAAAACAAGCCGAAUUCAAAUAAUGAAGAUGGAAAUGAAAUGAUCCAUAAAGAAGGCAGCCAGAAUUCAAAUAACGAAGCCGGACAAGAAACGAUCGAUUUGGAGAAUGACACCGACUCCAUUCGCUCGAUUAAUCACAAUCGACCCCGACCAUAUCACAUGCUGCCAGGAAGGAAGCUCAAAACCAGACGUCGUUGCCGACCUUACGAAGUCCUUGACGAGGGAGGAACAUGUGUUCACAAGAUUGGUAAACAGGGACUGUACGAGCACAGAAAUCACGUGUACGGACUACAGCGAAGACACAGGCAUCCAAGUUCUGAUGGAAAAUAAAUAAACCGGAACUAAAUGAAAAA